AUGGCGGCCGUGCAAGGCGGUAUGGUCGACGCCAAAGAUGAAAUAGACAUAAAAACUGAACCACAAAGCGACGGCUUCGCAGCGACUGCUGCAAAUGACGCCAGGCCGCUUUCUGCGCCCCCCAGCUCCAGCAGCUCGACCGUGAGCAGCAAACCUGCGGCAGGAGUCCCGGAGGACCAGCAGACGCUGCUGGCAGUCCUUCAAUUUCUUAAAAAGAACAACCUUGCGGAGUCCGUGGAGAUACUGCGCCGUGAGGCGGGAUUGCCGGAGGAUGCGCUCGACCCGAAGGGGACCGACUCCAGCGGGUCCGGGGGUGCUGCGGGGGACACGGAUGGCGUGGAUGCGACCACCCUGCUCAGCCGGGUCACCGUCUCAGCGUCCGCCGGGGCGCAGGCACCAGUCAAAGCCUCAGCUGGGGAGGAUCAGCCAGAUGUCAGCGUGGUGCUGUCUGCCUACAGCCAGCAGGGGGAUCCAGCUCUGUACGGGGUUUACUACAGAGAUCUCAAGAAGUUCAUUGAAUCCGUUUUGGACUGCCACCGAGCAGAGCUGUCUCAGGUUUUCUACCCACUGUUUGUCCACAUGUACCUGGAACUGGUGUACAACAACCACGAGACUGAGGCCAAGGUCUUCUUUGGAAAGUUCAGUGGUGACCAGGAGUGUUACUACGCGGAUGAUUUGCGUGUUUUGUCCAGCCUGACGAAGAAAGAGCACAUGAAAGGCAAUGAGACCCUGCUGGACUUCCGUACCAGCAAGUUUGUCCUCCGCAUCUCCCGUGACUCCUACCAGCUUUUUAAGAGGCACCUGCAGGAGCGUCAGAACAACCAGAUUUGGAAUAUUAUCCAGGAGCAUCUCUACAUUGACAUCUUUGAUGGCAUGCCACGCAGCAAGAGCCAGAUUGAUGCCAUGUCGGGCAGUUUGGCGGGAGAGGCAAAGCGAGAGGCCAAUAAGGCCAAGGUUUACUAUGGGCUGCUGAAAGAGCCGGAGAUCGAGCUGCCUCUUGAUGACGAGGAUGAGGAGGCAGAGAAUGAGGAGGGUAAGCCAAAGAAGAAAAAGCCCAAGAAGGACAGCGUCGGCUCCAAAAGCAAGAAACAGGAUCCAAAUGCUCCCUCACAGAAUAGAAUACCUCUACCAGAACUAAAAGACUCAGACAAGCUGGACAAGAUCAUGUCCAUGAAGGAAGCUACUAAGAAAAUCCGUCUGGCACCAGAUAAUCUUCCUUCAAUCUGCUUCUACUCUUUUCUCAAUGCAUACCAGGGUCUGACUGCAGUGGACUUCACUGAUGACUCCAGCCUGAUCGCAGGAGGCUUUGCUGACUCCACAGUACGGGUGUGGAGUGUCACACCAAAAAAGCUCAGGAAGAUCAAGUCUGCAGCAGACUUGAAUCUGAUUGACAAAGAGUCAGAUGAUGUGCUGGAGAGGAUUAUGGAUGAAAAGACGGCCAGUGAGUCAAAGAUACUCUGUGGACACAGUGGCCCGGUGUAUGGCAUCAGCUUCAGCCCAGACAGAAACUACCUGUUGUCAAGUUCUGAAGAUGGCACCGUUAGGUUGUGGAGUCUUCAAACAUUCACUUGUCUGGUGGGCUAUAAAGGCCACAACUACCCAGUGUGGGACACACAGUUUUCUCCUUACGGAUACUAUUUUAUCUCUGGGGGGCAUGAUCGGGUUGCACGACUUUGGGCGACAGAUCACUACCAGCCUCUACGUAUAUUUGCUGGUCACCUGGCUGACGUCACUAGCACUUGUUUUCAUCCCAAUGCCAACUAUGUGGCUACAGGGUCAUCUGACCGCACGAUUCGCAUCUGGGAUGUUCUUACUGGAAACUGUGUCCGCAUUUUCACUGGUCAUAAGGGUCCCAUCCACACAGUAGCUUUCUCUCCCAACGGGAAGUUCCUGGCCUCGGGAGCGACUGACGGCAGAGUGCUGCUGUGGGACAUCGGUCACGGGCUGAUGGUCGGAGAGCUCAAGGGCCACACGGACACGGUCUACUCCCUCAGGUUCAGCAGGGACGGAGAGAUCCUCGCCUCCGGUUCUAUGGACAACACGGUUCGUCUGUGGGAUGUAGUGAAAGCAUUUGAUGAUUUAGAGACUGAUGACUUCACAGCAGCUACCGGACAUGUCCAUCUACAAGACAACUCUCAGGAACUUCUGUUAGGCACCUACAUGACGAAAUCUACGCCAGUCAUACACCUUCACUUUACACGGAGGAACCUGCUUCUGGCUGCAGGAGCCUAUAAUCCAUAGACACUACUGCACUGAGAGAAAAUUGACAAAUUGAAAUGACAUGAUCAUAACUCCUGAGCUCAAAAUGUAAACUAGCUUAUCAGUCUAACAUCAAGCUGCACGAGGACAAAAACAAACUCGGCUUAGCCGGUCGUCACGUCUGAUAGAUCACGUCUAUUACAGUUCUGGCAGGAGGAAGUGCCCCUGUGCACUGAGGACCAUUUUUAUGAAUCACUGCCAUGAAUAUAGUUUUAUUCUGUACAUGGCUGACAUUUCUGUAACAUAGUUUUUCAUAAUGGUAUACACUGUAAAUAAACGA